CAGCCUCGCUGCCAUUCAAAGGCUAGGUCACCAAGCAGACAACUGUAAAACGGUCUCUUUACUAUCCAUGCUAUUACGUAAUCCAUCAGACAUAAGAAUGACUGAAGAUAAACAGUUGUCAUUCGGCUGGCUGAGAUUUCGUCCGACAUGGCUGCAGUUCCUCAACACUCCAAAAUGGUUCUUGUUCUUCUUGAGUCAGUAUUUCUUCACUCAGAGUAUCGUUGUUAAUGGAGUAUAUCCAGGGUCCAUCAGCACUAUAGAGAAGCGGUUUGGUUACUCCAGUUACAUGAUGGGGAUGGUGACCAGCAGUUAUGACGUAGCAGCCAUGAUCUUAACUCCGCUGAUCAGCUACAUCGGAGGCUCACGAAAGAAGCCAGCGUUCUGUGCCUGGGGAGUGUUUGCAAUGGGUGUUGGUUUCUUUAUUUUCAUGCUGCCACAUUUUGUCUCGCCACCUUACGAAGCAGGUGUUGUACAUGUCACAAAUACCACUUUGAGUGGAAGUGACUCAGGACUUUGCACGGCAAAUCGCACUGAUUUUGGCGGGAAAGGUAAUUGAAAAGAUGAAACCACCGGUGGCAAUACUCUAUACUACGCGCUGUUCAUUCUGGGAAUGGUUGUAGCAGGCGCCGGUUGCACUCCCAUGA